GUCAGCCUACUCCAUCUGUGGGGACGGCUUCUUUUUUUUCCUAUUUCUCUUUCUUCCUUCCUUCAAUUGUUCUCUCUCCUCUAAGCAUCUGAAUCUACCAUCCAAAAAAGUAACAAUGUCGAACAUCGAGCACACCAAGAAAACUUACACCCUUAACACGGGUGAUAAGAUCCCCGCUGUUGGGUUGGGCACAUGGCAGAGCGGUCCUAACCAGGUCAGAGAGGCCGUCAAGAAUGCCCUCCUAAAGGGUUACCGCCAUAUCGACACUGCCCUCGCCUACGGCAACGAGGCUGAGGUCGGUCAGGGUAUCAAGGACUCUGGUGUCCCUCGCGAGGAGAUCUGGAUCACGACCAAGCUCAACAACACCUGGCACCACCGCGUCGCCGAGGGCAUUGACUCUUCUCUCAAGAGCCUUGGCGUGGACUACGUCGACCUUUACCUUGUUCACUGGCCUUGCGCCACCGACCCCAACGACACCUCGAAGCAUCUUCCCGACUGGGACUUCAUCAAGACCUGGCAAGAGAUGCAGAAGCUGCCCGCCACCGGCAAGGUCCGUAACAUCGGUGUCUCCAACUUCGGCAUCAAGAACCUGGAGAAGCUUCUGAACGACCCCAGCACCAAGAUCGUCCCCGCUGUCAACCAGAUUGAGCUGCACCCCAACAACCCUUCCCCCAAGUUGGUUGCCUACAACACCUCGAAGGGCAUCCACUCCACCGGUUACUCUUGCCUCGGCUCGACCAACUCUCCUCUCUACAAGGAUCAGACCCUGUUGGACCUUGCCGAGAAGAAGGGCAAGACCCCCCAGCAGGUCCUGCUGGUGUGGGGCUUGAACAAGGGCUGGAGUGUCAUUCCCAAAUCCGUUAGCAAGGAGCGCAUCGACGCCAACUUCGAGCUCGACGGCUGGGACCUGACUGAGGAGGAGGUCAACCAGCUUGACAACUUGAAGGAUCGCUUCAAGGUCUGCGGAGACAGCUGGCUCCCUAUCAAGGUGUUCUUCGGGGAUGACGAAUGACUGACCGAUAUAACGCGAGGCGAAAGAAGUUCUAAGAUCUAAAUUCGAUGUACAUAAGUUCGGUUAAAUGCUUGAAGCCAUAGAAGCAUGAUAGCUUGCCGGUAAUAGAAAGAAUGGGUCUUUUUAUAACAUUU